AUGCUGGGAGAACCAGUUGAUUUAAGAACUAUCAUUUCAAGAACUAGGGCUGACUGGAAUUUUUGUAAAGGUGAUGUUGAAUAUCUGGAUAUGGGUAAUCAUUGGGUUCUCAUUCAGUUUGCUAAUCUUGGUGAUCUCUUUCUUGUCUGGUCUGAAAGGCCUUGGCAUGUUAUGGGGGAGUUGUUUGUAAUUUAUCCUUGGAGGGCCCAUUUUUAUCCCUUUAUAGAAGAGAUUAAAUGGGUUGAUCUAUGGGUAAGAAUCCCUCGCUUCCCUACUGAAUUACUUAAUUUUGAAUCUGUUGCUAAGCUCUUGGUUGUACAUUUUGUUAGCUCUUUGAUCAAACUAGACUUUAGGUCUUUGUUGAGGCAUAAAAUAAGGUUUGCUCGUGCUUGCAUUAGAGUUGAUAUUAUUGUCCCUCUUGUUGAGUAUGCUGAAAUUAAACGUGUUGGUGGUGUUGAUUGUGGUUAUCUAAUAUGUUAUGAAGAUUUUUCUGUGGGGUGUUCAUUUUGUGGGUGUGAUGCUUAUACUAUUUAG